AUGAAAGUGAUUAUGGGAACAGCAGAGGCGCUGACGUUCAUUCACAAGCAACGGUUCAUUCACCGGGACUUCAAGUCCAGCAACGUGCUUUUAACGGAAGACUUCACACCGAAGGUGGCUGACUUUGGUCUGGCCAAGGGCAUAGAGGACUGGAAAACGCAUGUCACAACACGAGUCAUGGGCUCCAUGGGGUACAUUGAUCCCACUUACUUUGAGUCAGGUCACUUGUGUGACAAGAGUGACGUGUUCGCUUUCGGUCUGUUCAUGGUUGAGAUUCUCGCGGGCAAGUCGGUUCUUCGGGAAGGUUUUGCGGAAGACAUUAAGGCGUGGUUAUACGAGGUGGAUGCUCCCACCGCUGCGGAUAUGAUGGACCUUGCAAUCAUCAAUGAAGCAAACAAGACAGAAGCGAGCGCCAUCGCGAUAAUUGCCAAGCAGUCGACAGCCAGGGACUGGGCUGAUCGUCCAACCAUGGAGGAGACGUCAAACUACCCGGUGAAGAAGCCAGUGGGGGCGGGAUUUCCAGAAUACACAUACGAUGAGAUGAUGCUGAUGACCGACAAGCUCAAGAAGCCCAUCGGCCAGGGGGGCUUCGGGGUCGUGUACAAGGGGUACCUGCAGGACCCCGCAGCAGUUGCUGCAGCAGCAGCAGCUGGUGGUGAUGGAGGGGGUGGUGGAGCGGAUGGGGGAGGAGGAGGCGCGGCAGCGGUGGAUCAGGUUCUGGUGGCAGUGGCGGUGAAAGUGCUGGAUAACGAGGAUGUGGAGCUUAAAGACGACGAGCAGUUCCACGCGGAGUUGAUGGCAAUGGAGCAGCUGAAGCAUCCCACCAUACUGUCGCUGUACGGAUUUGUGGCCAAGCCCACGCCCGCCCUCAUCUACGAGUUUAUCACCAACGGCAAUGCCGAGGCGUACCUCAGAAAAGCGGUGCAAGGCAAGGUGGAGUUUUCCUGGAAGGCGCGGCUGCGGGUGGCUCUGAUGUGUGCGGAGGCGCUGCAGGUGAUGCACAGCCACAACUACGUGCACCGCGACUUCAAGGCCUCCAACGUGCUGCUGCGCGAGGACCUGACGCCAGUGCUGGCGGACUUUGGCUUGGCACGCACGGUGAACAACUGGCAGAGCCACGUCACCACGCGGGUCAUGGGCUCCACGGGUUACAUCGACCCCGUCUACUUUGAAUCUGCUCCCGGCGAGCCCGUCGUUUCCGUGGACAACGAGAGCAGCGAGAACUACACUAUUAUCACCGUCAGCGCGCAGAAUAGACCUGGACUGCUCCAGCUUCUAACGCUAACGUUUCGUGAUCUCGGCCUGGACGUCGGCAAGGCCGUCGUCGAUCUUGAUGAUGACGGUAACGUGGCCGACGCGUUUUACGUCACGGCCGUCGACGGAAAAAAAAUCACCCAGAAACGCGAUCUGCAGAACAUCCGCAAGUGCGUGGUGAGAGCUCUGGUUCUAGACGCCAAGGGUGACUCGCCGAAAGAUGCUCCGGUCCGGCCGGCGAGACUUAUUAGGCCGGUUACAACGCUGGACCCGUCGGCUUCGCCGGAGAUGAAACGGCGUACGGAGCUGCUGCACAACCUGAUGGACACGUACAUCAAGAACGACGUGCUGUCCAUCCAGCGGAGCAUUGUGGACCACGUGGAGUACACCAUGGCGCGCAGCAGAUACAAAUUCGACGACUUCGAGGCGUACCAGGCGACAGCGUACAGCGUGAGGGACCGGCUGAUUGAGAGCUGGAACGACACACAGCAGUACUUUAAGGACCAGGACUCCAAGCGCGUCUACUACCUCUCCAUGGAGUUCCUCAUGGGGCGGUCGCUGUUGAACAGCAUAUUCAACCUGGGAAUGAAGGACCAGUAUGUGGAGGCGCUGGGGCAGCUGGGCUACAAGCUCGAGGUGCUGGCGGAGCAGGAGAGGGAUGCUGCUCUUGGCAACGGUGGCCUUGGCCGCCUGGCAGCCUGCGUGCUCGACAGCAUGGCGACGCUCAACUACCCGGGAUGGGGCUACGGCAUCCGCUACCAGUACGGCAUGUUCCGGCAGACUCUACAGGACGGCUUCCAGCACGAGCAGCCGGACUACUGGCUGACGUUUGGCAACCCGUGGGAGAUAGAGCGCGUGUUUGUGACAUACCCCGUGCGCUUCUACGGCACCGUUGAGUCCUACACCGAGGCCGGCUACCCCCGCAAGCGAUGGGUCGAGGGCGAAACGGUGGAGGCAGUGGCAUAUGACAAUCCUAUCCCCGGCUACCACACCAACAACACCAUCAACCUGCGCUUGUGGGGCGCGAAGCCCAGUGGCGAGUUCGACCUGCAAAGCUUCAACACGGGGGACUACGUGAACGCGAUUCUGAGCAAGCAGAAGGCGGAGGCCAUCAGCAGCGUGCUGUACCCGGACGACCGCACGUACCAGGGCAAGGAGCUGCGCCUCAAGCAGCAGCACUUCUUCGUCUCCGCCACCAUGCAAGACGUCGUGCGCCGCUACAAGGAGGAGCACUCCACGUUCGAUGAGUUCAAGGACAAGGUGGCGCUGCAGCUGAACGACACGCACCCAGUGCUGGCGCUGGUGGAGCUCAUGCGCCUGCUGGUGGACCAGGAGGGGCUGGAGUGGGGGUACGCGUGGAACAUCACCACGCACACCUUCUCCUACACCAAUCAUACGGUGCUGCCGGAAGCGCUGGAGAAGUGGCCUGUGGAGAUUCUCGAGACUCUGCUGCCGCGCCACCUGGAGGUCAGUCGUUUGGGACUUAGAAUAUCGCUCGUAAAGACCUCUGAGGCGCUGCUGCUGCUGUGGCAGCGCCUGGAGCUCAUCUACGACAUCAACCACAACUUCAAUCUCAUCUACGACAUCAAUCACAACUUCAAUCUCAUCUACGACAUCAACCACAACUUCAAUUUGGAUCUGAAGAAGCAGAUCGGCAAUGACUACGACUGUUUCUUUCCUGCUUCACUGCCUUCUGCCCUCCUCAGUCCCCAGCCCUUUCCCACCCUCUUCCCCUCCCCGUGUCAUCAGCUCAUCUAUGACAUCAACCACAACUUCAUUGUGGACCUGAAGAAGCGCAUCGGCAACGAUUACGACCGCCUCUCCCGCAUGUCCAUCAUUGAAGAGGGCGCGCACAAGAGUAUCCGCAUGGCAACGCUGGCGGUGGUGACGUGUCAUACCAUCAACGGCGUGUCUCAGAUCCACACAGACCUCAUUGAAAACACGCUCUUCAAGGACUUCUAUGACAUCUGGCCACACAAGUUCCAGAACAAGACAAACGGUGUCACCCAGCGUCGCUGGCUGGCAUUCUGCAACCCGGGGUUGGCGGCGAUUCUCACCCAGCCAGUGGUUGACCUAUUUUCCCACUUACUCCCCUUAUCCCACUCUGCCGCGCUCUCUUCUCCCAAACCCCCUCCCCCCCCAUCAGCGUCGCUGGCUGGCGUUCUGCAACCUGGGGCUGGCGGCGAUCCUGACCCAUUCAGACCAACUUUCCCACUUGUCCCACUCUGCUGCGCUCUCUUCUCCCAAACCCCCUCCCCCCCCUAUCAGCGUCGCUGGCUGGCAUUCUGCAACCCGGGGCUGGCGGCGAUCCUGACCCAGUGGCUGGGCACAGAGUCAUGGAUCACGAACCUGGACCUCGUGGCUGGGCUCAAGGAGCAUGUUGAUGACCCGCUGCUGCAGACACAGUGGAUGCAGGUGGGGCUGCUGUGGGGCUGGGGCUGCUGUGGGGCUGGGGCUGCUGUGGGGCUGGGACUGCUGUGGGGCUGGGGCUGCUGUGGGGCUGGGGCUGCUGGGGGACUUCCGACUUGGAAGUCAUCAGCCUCCUCUCGUACUCCAUCUCUUCGCCUCUCCCUAUUCCCCCGUGUUCCAUUCCUGGGGUUCUCCCACUCCCAUGCUGCAGAUGAGCAUCGACGCUAUGUGAGCAUCGACGCCAUGUUUGACGUGCAGGUGAAGCGCAUUCACGAGUACAAGCGGCAGCUGCUCAACGUGAUGGGCAUCAUCCACCGCUACGACUGCAUCAAGAAGAUGAGUCCCGAGGAGCGCAAGCGCGUGGUGCCGCGCGUGUGUCUGCUGGGAGGCAAGGCGGCGCCAGGAUACGACCUGGCGAAGAAGAUCGUGAAGCUCAUCAGCGCCGUGAGCGAAGUGAUCAACAAGGACGAGGACGUGGGCGACCUGCUCAAGCUGCUCAUCAGUGCAGUCAGCAAUGUGCUCAACAGCAAUGAGGACGUGGGCGACCUGCUCAAGCUGGUGCGUUGGGCUUGGCGAACGGGUGACCUGCUCAAGCUGGUGGGUUCGGCUGAGUCGUGCUGGAGUGCUCAGCCGUGCGGGUUCAUGCCACCUCGCUUGCUAUGCCUCUGCGUGCCCAGCCCUUCACUUCACACCCUCUGCCCUCUCACCCCCAUGCCCUCUCACCCCCUGCCCUCUCACCCCCUACCCUCACACCCUCCGCCCUCGCACCCCCUGCCCUCUUACCCCCUACCCUCUCACCCCCUGCCCUCUCACCCCCUGCCCUCUCACCUCCUGCCCGCCGGCCAUCAGGUGUUCAUUCCCGACUACAAUGUGUCACUUGCUGAGCUCAUUAUCCCUGCCAGCGACCUCUCCCAACACAUCAGCACGGCGGGCAACGAGGCAUCGGGCACGAGCAACAUGAAGUUUGCAAUGAACGGAUGCCUCAUUCUGGGCACUCUGGAUGGCGCCACGCGUGAGAUCAGGGAGGAGAUUGGCCCUGAAAACAUGUUCGUGUUUGGAGCUGAGACCAAGGACGUGCCUCGGCUGAGGGAGGAGCGACGCACCUUCACCCCCUGCCGCAACUUCACUCGCGUUGUCGGUUCCUCGAUGGAAGCCCGCCCCACCGCUCACCUCUCAACCUCCUCUUCGCGUUUCUUCUUUUACGACAUAUUUCCCUCCGUCCCUCUCCUCAUCUUCUCCUCCCUCUCUCCCGCGCACCACAGCAUGAUCCGCAGUGGCUACUUUGGGUGGACGGAGUUCUUUGCGCCUCUCAUGGAUUCCAUUGACGGCCCGGGCAACGACUACUACCUCCUUGCCAACGACUUCUCCACCUACCUGGAGGCCCAGGUGCGCCCUUCCCCACCUACCUGGAGGCCCAGGUGCGCCCUUCCCCACCUACCUGGAGGCCCAGGUGCGCCCUUCCCCACCUACCUGGAGGCCCAGGCGGCCAUAGAUGCAACGAAUGUGGACGUGCCCAAGCAGACGCACAUGAGCAUCAGCAGCACCGCUGGGGCCUGGUUUGGCUACCCUCCUCUCCCUCCCCCCUUCACCUUCCCUUUCCUGCCUCCCUUCUCCCUCUCCCCAGGCGGCCAUAGAUGCAAUGCUGCCAUAGAUGCAACGUAUGUGGACGUGCCCAAGUGGACGCGCAUGAGCAUCAGCAGCACGGCUGGGUGCGGACGGUUCACGAGCGACCGCACGAUCAAGGAGUAUGCGGAGGAGAUCUGGGACGUGCAGCCCAUCACCCGCCCCUAUUGA